UUGAAGUCUAGAAUUAUUGUGAGCUCUGGGGGUGGUGGUGCUACCGCACAUUCGAAAGCAUCUGGUAAUGGAGGAAGCGGAGGUGUAUUUACGGGUUACUCUGGCGAAUAUGCAGAUAAUACUCCUUCGCUUUCAUAUACAGUUGUUGCUAAUACAGGUGGGACGAUAGACAAAGGAGGAACUGCAAGCCGAGGAACUCACAUAGAUGCAAUGAAGACUAUUGGUAAUGAUGGAGUUUUUGGAUAUGGCGGGGAUGUAAGAGAUAAUGGAAUAGCCGGUGGAGGUGGCUGCGGCUAUUUUGGAGGAGGAUCUGGUGAUGAUGGCUAUGAUGUCGUGACAGCUGGAGCCGGAGGCUCUUCCUUCGUUUCAGGAUACCAAAGCUUUAAAGCAAUUGACCCUUCAUCUAUCUCUGAAAAAAAUUAUAAAAUGCUAAAUAAUUCAUUCCACCCAAGCGGAUACUACUUUACGAAUAUAGUUGUUGCAGACUAUUCAGUUUCUUUUCCAUCACCUUCUCAAUCAACUGAGAAUGGACACAUUGGAAAUGGUGUAAUUGCAAUUACUUUUCUUAAUCCUAACUAUGCAACGUGCGAAAUUGCAGUACCGAUUCCAAUUACAUACAUAUUAUUAGGUUUUGCUAUAUCUGUCUAG